AUGCCUUCUGAAGCUAUUCACAAUAUCGUGACCCUUGUUCCUCAAGAUGGGAAGCUCACCGACUUGAUCCAAGCCUUCAACAAACUGUCUCAAUAUGUCCAGAUUCACGAACCUGAAACGCUCCUCUACUAUGCUGUUCAACCAAAGGGCAAGGAUCAACUGCUUCGUAUCAUGGAUUCUGACGUCAAUCGGGAAAGAUAUGCCAGUGAACAUGCACUUAAAAGCCACGCUCAGUCGGUAGCUUUCAAAGAAUUUGGGAAGGCAAUUACUGAUAUCUUGCAAACGCCGCCGGAUAUUAAGACUUCUACUUUUACCGGUGGAUUUGAAGCCAGGUCCCGAAUUUAA